AAUAUAUAUUUGUAGGUUUUAUGUAGCAGUUUUUAAAUUUUUAAUAGGCCUACACCUUUUCUUGUUUCAUCAUUGUCUAUUUCUAAUCUGUCUCCAUUGGCCUCUAGUGGUGGGAACGCUCCCACCCCAGUAACCCCCAAUAAGAAUGCCUGAAGCAAAACAUAUCACGUCCAAGUAAUUAUUAAUUUUACUCACUUAAGCGUCGAACCGCACUCCCCCCUUCUAGAUACGCCACCGUCUUUCGCCGGGAAUUACAAAGUAAACCAUCGUCACUAAACCGAUACAGCUUUCUAAACCAUUGAUCAACCAAACUGUAACUAAGAAAUAUUGGAUAGAAAUCCUGAUUGGGAUUAUACCAUUUCAAAAACUAAUAUUUAUUAUUUGUUAUAUAUAACUGAUGAAGGUUUUGUCUGCACCGUACUAAAGACAUACCAGGUGGCAUAAUGACAACACAAAGGUGACAUAUUAUGAGAACACAGGUGGCAUAAGAACACAUAGGUGGCAUAUGAGAACACAUACGUCACAUGGGAACACGUAGGUGGCAGAUAAGAACACAUAGGUGGCAUAUGGUAAUACAUAGGUGGUAUAUGAGAACAGGUGAAAUAUGAGAACACAUAGGUGGCAAUACAUUGUAACAGUUGAGAACACAUACAGUAGGUAACAACAUAUGUUAACAAAAGGAACAUGCAGGGAAUGUAUUUCAUUCUGAGAAUACAUAGAAAAUGUGAGAACACAUAUGUAACACAUAGACACAAAUGGAUAUGAUGUGUAAUAUGCAUGUAUAGCUGGUUUUCAUAAAAUAGCUACAGGCUAUCCCAGAUAGGUUUCGGAAAUGCUGAUUGGUCAUUCGUUUGCGUUCAUAACACCUACGCUAUGUAGCAAUUGGAUGGAAACCUUCCUGGAUCCGCAACUGCUUAAAAUUCACGUAGGCCUACCCUGGCUGUACAACGCUUUUUCGUUAAAACCUGAGUCAUUAUGCAGUUCGAUUCAACAACUUUUCAGACAUUUUCUUGAUGACUUCUCAAGUUACCUUCUCAAAAUCUGCCUUCAAAAUAUGUACUGUGGUUGACGUCCCUUCCCCAUGAUCUGCGCUCUAGCACGAAAGAUGUUUAGAACUUGUUAAUAGUUGACCAACAGUUUAUUUUCGUAGAAGAUAACAAAAUAUCUUGUGUAUUUCCUUCGCACACGUCACACAUAUGUAGGACAUAGUAUCAGUGCGCAUGUGCAAGGCAUGCGCAAACUAACAAUUUGAUGGCAACGACUGUGUCCUGACAACGAUUUGUUGAUACGCGCUCGUAUAUUGCUAGUACUACUUGAGCGACCGGCGGUAAGGUUUGCAUAAGUAGAGCAAAGCUGAUAUAAUUUUAUUGUUAUUAUCAAACUAAUCAACAUGUCUUGGAUAUUUAACAUUUGUUCUCAUCAAGAAGCACCAGUUGCUAAUGACAUCGAAUCUCAAUUGUCGGAGGGCAAGGAGGUACUAACGAGCUCCAAAUCUGGACUAGAAUUGGCUCAUGGUACAGAUACUGUCACGGUGGAGAGUGACAUUACCGUUGGACAAGCGGUGACAACCACAUCAGCUAAGGGAACAAUCACCAACGAUGUAAUCCCAAUCACUCCUGUCGAGGUGACAGUCUCAUCAACCAUUGAGACCAUCAUCAGCAGUGUAGCUGCUGCCUCAAAUGGCCAGGAUCUCCAUACUGGAGAGAUUGGGGACAGAGAUGCAACUCCAGUCAAACAGGAUGUUGAGAGCACCCCUGUUGAAGACAAGAGCGCAUCGAUUGGUGAAAGCGGCACUGGAGGUGUGGAUGCCACUUCUGAAGCAGAGAGUGCCUCUAGCGAAGACUCCAGUACUACAUCCGAGAACGGCAGCAGAGGCACUUGGGACAAUCAGGUCGAUUUCCUGCUCUCGUGUCUCGGCUAUGCUGUUGGAUUGGGAAACGUGUGGAGGUUUCCAUACCUGUGCUAUGAAAAUGGAGGAG